AUACAAAUUUAUAGGUCAACAUUAAAUCUUCUCUGUUUGUGUCCUGUUUCCCCUUUUUACUUGCUUCAUCCAAUUUCAAAUGGCUGCCUUUAUAAAGAUGUUCCCUUUAAUUGUAGUACUUAUGGCAUUAUUAGCCAUCAACUCAGAUAAAGCUUGUGCUGGAGAUCCAGAUAUGCUUCAGGAUAUUUGUGUUGCUGAUCUCACCUCAACCAUAAAGGUGAAUGGAUUUUCAUGCAAGAAUGCAUUUUCCGCGGCUGAUUUCUCGUCAAUGGUCAUUUCAAAGCCAGGAGCCACAAACAAUACAUUUGGUUCCCUUGUCACUGGAGCUAACGUUCUGAAUAUCCCUGGCCUUAACACCCUUGGUGUGUCCCUAGCUCGAAUCGACUAUGCUCCUGGUGGUAUUAACCCACCCCACCUCCAUCCACGAGCCACCGAGAUGAUUUACGUUUUACAAGGCCAAUUGGAUGUUGGUUUCAUUACUACAGCCAAUGUAUUGGUCGCUAAGCGAAUUGUACAAGGAGAAGUCUUUGCUUUUCCUAGAGGACUUGUUCAUUUCCAAAAGAACAAUGGCCACAUGCCAGCAGCUGUUAUUGCUGGCUUCAAUAGUCAGUUAGCUGGUACGCAAUCUAUUGCGACAACGUUGUUUGCAGCAUCACCUAGUGUUCCUGAUGAUGUCUUGGCUCAAGCAUUCCAAAUUGGUACUAUGCAAGUUCGGCAAAUUAAGUCAAAAUUUGCACCCAGGAAUUGAGUAAAAGUUUAAUUGAUAUUGUUCUUUAAUUGAUAUUGUUCUGUUAACAAGUGUGUGAUGUUUCAACUUUUGUAACGUACAAUAAGAGAGAAUUGUCUUUAGUUUGAGAAUUGUCUUUAGUUUUCUCAUCAUGUAACAAUAAAUGUGUUUGUUAUUAUAAUAGUAUAUGUGCGAAAUUGAAUGUUAA